AUGGUGUUUUCAUUUUCCGUAAAUAAUCAAAACGGUAAUGGCUCUUCAGGAAAUAUCUUUGGAGGUGACAAUUCCGGUACAGGUAACAACAGCAACAACAACCUUUCGUUUGGCAGCAGCAAUAUGAAUUCUACUGGUUUGAAUUUGAAUAAAUCUUCCGGGAAUAAGGGUCCAAGCUUUAACUUUGAUAGUCAAAGUCAGAGCGGUUCAUUGAGUGCAAACGGUAAUACAAACGGAACAUUUAAUUUUGGUACCAAUAAUAACAACAAGACUUUACCAGGACAGAAUUCAAGUGUUGGUACCAAAAAAACUAGCAAUAGUGGUCCUAUUUUUGGCUUUGGGUCUGGCAGCAACAGUGCAGAAGCAGGAAAUGCCAAAUUCAGUUUUGGUGGUUCAGACAGUAAACCAAUUGGAAAUGCAAUUAACCAGAAAGCCAAUUCAACUGCAAGUAAGCCAACUUUCAACUUUUCAUCAUCGGCUUCCAAUGAAGUUCCAACCGCUAGUAACAAAAAGAUUUCCUUCGGAUCAUCUUUAUCUGACCAAAAUUCUUCAAGCAAGCCCUCAUUUUCGUUCGGUACUGCAAAUAAUAACAAAAAUAUUGCAAACGCUUCGAAAAUUUCGUUUGGAAGUGCGAAGAAUAAUAUUUCUCAAGAGAAUAAUAGCAGUGGCACAUUCUCUUUAGGCGUUGGCAAUACCUCUGUGAAAUCUUCAGAUUCGAAAGCAUCUUCAGGUUUUGCUUUACCAGCGAAAGGAAACCAAAGUCAACCCACUUUCCUGCUCGGAAAGCAGGGGAAUGCCAACAGUGCCGGUACAUCUGACAAUUCAAAUGCAAAAACAUUUAACUUUGCAGGUAUUUCCAGUAACCUAACAAAGAAGGCGGAGGAUAAUCCCUCUUCUGAGGACUCCGAUAAAAAUAAAAAGCAGCCAGCAACAAGCGCACCAAAAUUUUCAUUUGGCGUGACUAAGGACGAUACUUCCAAAUCAAACUCCAGCAGUAGCGUGAAUAAACCAACAUUUACUUUUGGUGCAAAGGCUAUAAAUCCAGUCGAUAAAGAUACAAAAACCAACAAAUCAGCUAUAACUGAAAAAGGAUCACAAUUCACGUUUGAUUCUUCGAAAAAUAAUGAUAAAUUAAAGCAGGCACCAACAAAUGAAAAUAAUGGCAAAAAACAUGCACUUCCAGGAUUCAAGACCAACGACGAGAAGAAGGCUUCUGUGAAGGUUGAAGAUUUUAAACCAAAACAAGUUUCUAUUACAAAUAAAAAUUUAGAUGAUCUUAUCAAUAAGUGGACGAACCAGCUUUCUUCUGCUUCUAAGAUGUUUAAGAAUUAUGGUGAAAAGAUUAGAUCAUGGGAUGAGGUUAUGGUUUCUUCUUCAGAAAAGAUUACUAAGCUUUAUUCAGAUUCAUUGGAAUGUGAAAAUAAGCAAAACAAGAUAGAUCAAACACUCUCAUACAUCGAAAGGCAACAAGAGGAGCUAGAAACACUACUCACAGGUUAUGAAAAACAGUCAGAGUCUCUUCUUUCUUCCUCCAGACAGGGUGGAUCUUCUGAAAUUGUAACCGUAACCUCUGGUGGUUCAAUCGGUUCGUUGACAAAUGAUCAGGUGAGAGAAAAAUCUUACAAACUCGCAGAGAUUUUGGAAAUGAGAUUGAAUUCUUUGGGAACAAACUUCUCCUCAUUGAUAUCCGAAGUAAACAAGGUGAACGACAAUUUCAAUCGUUCUCUACUUACUUCAAAUAGUAAGACAGACGAAGAGGAAGGCCUUCUUGAGGAUGUAUUAAAACUUUUGAACAGCCACCUUGAAAGUUUGAAUUGGGUUGAGGAGAGUGAAAGAAGCCUUCGUAUGCAAGUGAAUAAGAUAAAAAAAAGUUCUAUUUAG